UCAUUUUUCCAGAGAUUUUUCAGUUUUCCUGAUUUUGUUUUGACUGUAUUCAACAACGGCAGCUAUGAUUUACCGCUCUUAGUUUGCACUUUUCACUGAUAGUCGUUCAUAUUUGAUAUUUUUUUGAUCGGAUUAUACCUGACACGCAGCAGCGAUGAACAGCAUGCGCUCCCGCUGCUCCUCGGCGCUGCUGUUGGCCUCCCCGUCGUCACCUCUGAAGGCCUUCGUGCGAACAUAUGAGACCUACGUAAUGUGGCGCAAGACCGGAUGGCUCAAAUGGCAUCCCUACAAAACGGUGGACUGGGACCGGAUCACGCCGGACUGUCGGACCAAACAGGAAAAAUUGAACCCCCAGAUUUUAACCGAGGAGGAUAUGCGUGCCACAGGAAAGCCUUUCGUACCAAUUGUUGGAAGUGUUGCAGAUCAGUCAACAAUAAAAAUCUCCCAACUAGUCGCCAUGCAAGGACUGGAAGCGAACAGCGGAGUGCGUUACGCCAGUGCUGAUAAUUUACAGAAGCUGUAUCCGGGUGUUGCGUACAACUUCAGUUCGGAUGCCGAUGACGACAUGAAGAAUUCGGCGGCCAAAUCCGAUAAAUUCCAUGGUUAUAUUCCGAUAGAUCACUUGAAAAUCACUGUGUCAAGGAGUUCCGGUGCUGGUGGACAGAAUGUUAAUAAAGUGAAUACCAAAGUGGAAGUGCGAUUUAAAGUGGACGAUGCCUGGUGGAUCCCCGCCAAACUCAGAGAUCUGUUGAAGGAGAAGGAGAAAACGCGAAUUACCAAAGAGGGAUAUUUCUACAUUCAUUCGGAGAAGACACGGAAGCAGUCGUACAAUUUGGCUGACUGCUUGGAUAAGAUCCGUUUUCUGCUUCGCGAACUGGAGACCCCACCGAAAGUGCCCCGCGAAGAGGAUCCUCAGAUUGUCCAGGCUAGGAUGAGGCGAGCGGCAUCGGAAAGAUUACGAGAGAAACGCGAUCAAACUAUGAAAAAACAUUCCAGGCGGAUGGAUUUUGCUGCAUAGCGAUGUUUAAACUUUAAUGUUUCCUGUGUACAGCGUUAUCGUUUGGGACUGUUAUCUCUUUAUUUUUCAUAUGAAAGACCAUAGUUAUGACGAAUGGAAAAACUUGAAUAAAACAAAACAGGGA